CGGAGUUUAGUUUAACACUGGCUGCCCUGCCCUGCACUACAGGAGAGAGAACAGGAGGGAGAGAGAGGGACAGUAAAGGGCUGAAACUGGCUGCCCUGCACUACAGGAGAGAGAACAGGAGGGAGAGAGAGGAACAGUAAAGGGCUGAAACUGGCUGCCCUGCCCUGCACUACAGGAGAGAGAACAGGAGGGAGAGAGAGGGACAGUAAAGGGCUGAAACUGGCGUGGCUCUGGACAAGGCUCUGGACAUGCCAGUCCUACAGCAAUGACUCAGCCGUCACCCACUGGAUUUGAUCUUUGGUGCUUUCUUCUUACCUAAAUGUUGUCACUGGAUAAGAUGCACUCCCGAGCCAAGUCCAGGAGCUGUGACAACUACCUGAGCAUUAAGGACUCUGAGUCUCUGGACAGUUGUAUCCAGAGCACCCUGUCUGCGCUGUACCCUCCAUUCAGUGCCACCGCGUCCACCGUCCUGUGGCAGCUGUUCAGCGUGGUGGAGAGACAGUACCGUGGGGACGGACUCCGAUGCCUCAUCGACUUCUUACUUCCUGCCAAGAGGAUCCUGCAGAGCAUCCAACAAGAGACUUGUGUGCGUUUCCACGGCCGGCUGUUCUAUCAUGAGGGUUGGCCCUUCUGCAUCAACGAGAAGGUGGUCUUACAGCUCGCCCCGCUCCAUAAGGUCCGUCUGAAGCAGGGAGACUUCUACCUACAGGUGGUUCCUCUGGGCCGCAAGGCUGCCAAGCUGGUCAUAAAAUGUCUGUCGGCCAGUGGCCAGGCCAUCGCAGAGAUCCCCAUCCCGGAGAGCAUGUACGGCAGCGUCUUCACCGCUGACUUCCUGCAGAAUGUGACGCGCGAGCGCAACCUCCAUCCGCUGCAGAACUGGUUGCUCACCACCGGCACCGUCGUGUUCCGGACGCCGUGGAAGAACGUGGUGAAUCCUCUGUUCGUCAGCAGCACGGCAGACACCAUCAUGCAGACGCGGGGCGACAGCACGGGCUUCCGUGGCCAGCUCAGCGCCUGCAGUACCAGUGGAUCCACAGGGACCCUGGACUCCCACCGCAGCUCCCACGAAUCACUACACUCCCAGGGGGCAGACUCUACCUUCUCAGAGCCUGCUAUCCUGAGCAGGCGGGUACAUGUAAUGGACCCCAGCAGCACUAGUUGCAGGUCCCAACAGGAUCCCAACCCGGGACUUCACCGGAUGGAGAACCACAACCAGAACCACAGCCUGAGAGCAGCUCCUGACUCUCACUCCUGCAGCCCACAGACAGACAGGCUGGCUGGGGAGGGUGGUGGUGGUCCGGGGGAGGGCCAGUGGGAGGGGGAGGAGGGCCAGGGUGGGACCAGAGAGAGGACCAGGACCCUGUCGUUCAGCACCGACCUCAGUAACCCCAACCCGCGCCGGCCCCGCCACGCCAGGGACUCUGUGUCCUUCGAGACCCGGAGACUGUUCCGGAAGUCCUACAUGGAAGCCCUGCAGAACCCCAUGAACCUGGGCUCUAGCUCUGAGUCCAUCCUGGAGGAAGGACCAGAGCACAGUCCUGCAUGCCCAGGUCUCAGCCCACUCAGCCCCAGAGAAGAUGCCUCAUCUCCAACUUCGACCCCUGGUACCAGCCCCUCCACCCCCACCACCCAGAGAGAGCAGGGGCUCCGUGGGCUCAGGCUAGGGGGGACCAGGGCAUGGCUGGGUGGAGACCCCGACUCCCCCCGACUCUCUCCCAGCAUGCCUCUCCUGUACCUCCAGAGGGGUCUGAGGAACGCUGGGGCCCUGGAGACCCGGGCUGAGAGGCGCUCCAAGUCUCUGGAGAGGACUAACAAGGCAGCCCAGGUCAAAGGGCACCGGGCGCGCUCCUCCUCCGGGGGCUCGGCCAGCAGUGGAGUCUUCUCACCAAAGAAGCUGAUGAACGGAUAUGCCCUGCGCUUUGGACGGCUGGACCUGGAGGCUGCCUUCUCCAGCUCAGACAGGAGGAGCAGUGUUAGAGAGGAGACAGUGAUCCAUGAAGGUGGCACCAGCACUAACCCCAGGCGGCACAGUCAAGAUGGAGCACAGUCACACCAUCACCCCCCCAAACCUUCUAAUGAAGUCCUCAUCCAGCUGGCCCCAGCCCCAGGGUCACCCCCUAACUGUCACCUCCCCAACCUGGUGUCAGAGGUCAACCCAGAACUACUGGCCUCUGGGGCCAUCAUCUUACCUGGUAACAGAGACCUCAGCGGGCGGGCGGUGCUGCAGGUGUGCACGCGGGGGAGGGUGUGGGCUGGGGAGAGCUGCACGGCCAAAGACCUCACCUGUCUCCUGGGUUACUACUAUUCAACACUAAGGAGCGAGAGGCGUGACCAAGGCCUUACGGUGCUAGUGGACACCAGGAGACAGCAGCCCAGUUCUGCUCUGUUCUCUUCUCUGUCUGAACUGCAGGUUUUAUUACCAAAUGCACUUUACUCCGUCCUGCUACUUGCGGACAAGGAGACAACUAUCAAGCCUGAAAGAGACAUUACUACUGUGCAGACGGAGCUCCUGACGUCCCUGAAGGCUCUGUUGAAGCACAUAGACUCCAGUCAGCUCACUAGAGACCUGGACGGAACAUUCCCCUACGACCACGAUCACUGGGUCGCCUUCAGACAGAAAAUUGAGCCGUUUGCCAGCAGUUGCAGCGUGGCUCUCUCCUCCCUCCAAUCUUCUAUCUCUACGUUGAGCAGCACCAGCAACCUGGACAGCACCAAGGAGGUAUCUGAGGUGCUGGAGCAGCAGAGGUCUCUGAUGAAGUGUGUGUUGGAGGACACCCGUCUGAACAGACUGAGGCUGGAGGGAGGAACAGUCCUGGCCCGGAUCAGGAAGGACGAGGCCUGUGAGAAUGACAACUACAGGGAUGCAGUGGACAUGGUGAAUGUCCUUUAUAACCAGGUGGAUGAGGAGGUCCAUAAACUGGUGAUCCUCUCCAACAAGUCCCUGAAACAGCUGGAGAGUCUGCUGGAGGUCCGCAGGUUUGAGGAACAGACAGAGCAGAUCAAAGUAUGGUUCAGUGUGGAAGGAGAGAAGCACCUCACAGCCCUGGACUGUCUUCCUCUCUCUCUGGCUGCAGUCAAAGACAUGAGGCAGAGUUUGGAACAGUUCUUUGAGGAGUCAGUUCAGAAGCAGGGUUUACUGCUGGUCAGGCAGUCAGGGGAGUCUCUCCCCAGCUCGGCCUUGCUGGACUUCAAACAGCACCUGGGAUCCAUCCUGGGCAGAGUGGAGAGGAGGAAGAACCAGCUAGACAUCCUCACCAACCUCUACGAGUUCUACGGCUCGGCUAACCAGUGGAUGGAGCACUGCCAGGACUACUUCCGGCAGCUGAACCUGGAGAGCAGUGGUGUGAGCCUCCCUCCUGCAGUACUUGAGAUCCUCCAGGACUAUCAGAUGGAGGCCUCCACGUUCUCCCUGGACAACUUCAGCUCCCUCAAUGAUAUGGUCCUGUCCUUGGACAGCCCCCGGCAGACCCAUCAGUGGAACGUCCUGUGGACCAAGUGUCAACAGACCAAGAACCAGCUGGAGAAAACCCUGGCCCAGGCCACAGCAGCAGUUACUGCAGCUUCUGACUCUGCAGCCUCUAACUCUGCAGCCUCUGACUCUGCAGCCUCUGACUCUGCAGCCUCUAACUCUGCAGCCUCUAACUCUGCAGCCUCUGACUCUGCAGCCUCUGACUCUGCAGCCUCUGACUCUGCAGCCUCUAACUCUGCAGCCUCUAACUCUGCAGCCUCUAACUCUGCAGCCAGAAAUCUAACCAAAGACCCUUCAGAGAAUGCAGACAGACAGGGGGGCUGCACUCACACAGAGCAGCACGGGGCUGCUGGAGGGGAUCUUGUUUUACCUGAGUUGCCCACUCUAGGGUCAAGGAUCAUAGUGUCGUCGCUGGAGUUUGAGGAAGAAACCAAGCCUCACUCCACAGGUCACUUCUCCUCCAACAACAACAAGAGCCCCUCUUCCUGCUCCUUCACCUCCUCCUCCCUCUUCCCCUUCCCCCCCGCCCCAGAGGGAGACCCCCUCCUCCUCAAGCUGCAGCAGAGCCCCUCUCUGUUCGACGACACGGACAGCGACUGCACCAUCGACUCCAUGGGGGCCGCCUCCUGCCACUCGGAGCCUGUCUAUUCGUCCUCUGGGACGCCACUCCACCAGCACCGCCAGCACCGCAAACAGCCGCUUAAGAAGAUCAUGAAGAAGACGCUGAGCUAUGAGCUGCCGGCGGCGCAGGACGGUGGCCACGUUGACACCAGCCACCUGCAUGGCUACACGGGGGUGUACAUCAAGGGGCUGGAGGUGGCCAACAACGUGUCAGUGGAGAAGAAGCUGCAGAGGCCUGACGUGGUGAGCCCGGCGCUGGGACGCAGCCGCAGCAUGUCCUCCCCCACCAGACACCCAGAGGGAGAUGGAAAGAAGCAUAGCAGUAAAGUGCAGCACAUCAUGGCUGAGAUGAUCUCCACAGAGAGGGAGUAUGUGCGUUCCCUCAUCUACGUCAUUGAGCACUACUUCCCAGAGAUGGAGCGUCUGGACCUGCCUCAGGACCUCUGGGGGAAACGCAGCAUUAUCUUUGGCAACAUGGAGAAACUGUGUAACUUCCACUGCCAGUACUUCCUGAAAGAGCUGGAGGCCUCCGCCCACUCUCCCCUGUCCAUCAGCAGCUGCUUCCUCAGACACGAGGAUCAGUUUGGAAUGUACGCUCUCUACAGCAAGAACAAGCCUCAGUCUGACGCUCUACUCACCAGCCACGGGAAUGGAUUCUUUAAGAACAAGCAGUUGGAGCUGGGUGAUAAGAUGGACCUGGCGUCCUACCUGCUGAAGCCCAUCCAGAGGAUGUCUAAGUACGCCCUGCUGCUGAAGGACCUGAUCAAGGAGUGUGGUCAGUCCCAGGAACAGGAGCUCUCUGACCUCCGCACCGCAGAGGAGAUGGUUAAGUUCCAGCUGCGCCACGGCAACGACCUGCUGGCCAUGGACGCCAUCCGAGGAUGUGAUGUGAACCUGAAGGAACAGGGUCAGCUGAGGUGUCAGGAUGAGUUCAUCGUGUGGUGUGGCCGCAGGAAGUACCUCCGUCACGUCUUCCUGUUCGAGGACCUCAUCCUCUUCAGCAAGCAAAAGAUUGAGGGAGGGUACGACCUGUACAUCUACAAGCAGUCCUACAAGACGGCAGAGAUAGGAAUGACAGAGAGCGUGGGCGACAGCGGGCUGCGUUUCGAGAUCUGGUUCCGGAGGAGGAAGUCCCAGGACACGUUCAUCCUGCAGGCCGGCUCUGGAGAGGUCAAGGCCGUGUGGACAGCCAUCAUCGGAAAGAUCCUCUGGAGGCAGGCGCUACGAAACAGGGAGGUGCGCUUGAAAGAGAUGGUUUCCAUGGGGAUUGGCAGCAAGCCUUUCAUGGACAUCAAGCCUAGUGAUUGCUGCAUUAGUGACCGAGCCAUUGAUUACAUCAUGAAGGGGUCAGAGUCCAGGACCAGGGCGUCCAUCGCGGUGUCCUCCUUCGACCACUCCACGCCCUUUAAGCGGCCUCACUCCACCAUCUCCAACAGUAGCACCUCCUCUUCCUCCUCCCAGUCCUCUUCCUCACUGCUGGGCUCCCUCAACCUGCACCUGUACCCCUCGCCUGCUCACCAGCACCCCCACGCCCUCCAGCACCCCUACCCUCUGGGCAGCGUACCCUCCUUCAGCCACUGGCCCUACGACUGCAUUGAGGAGGACGAGCUGGAGCAGGAUACGGGCAGCCAGCCUUCUAUGAUCACAGAGAGCUCUGGGGAGACAUCGUCCCAGUCUACCUCCAGUGACAGUGUGACGGGGCUGAGCAGCCUCUCCCUCCCCAUCCCAGGCCACGGCCGCCCCAACAUCAUCAUCGACGCCUUACCCAGCAACUCCACUUCCUCCUUCCUGUGUUCGUCCACGCCUCCCGGCUCCUCCCACCCUCAGAUGGCCCCUCCCCCAGCCCUGUUCCCUAAGGACCAGGUCCUCCAAACCCAGGGCAGCACCUUCAUCACAGCACUGUGAUGCCACUGCACUGAGAACUGGUGUUACGGAGGAUCAGUAAGGACUUGAGUGAGGAAGCUAUCCUGUUAAGCAUGCUCAGUGACGCCUGUAACACUGGGCACUCUACUGUGUCUCUACUGAACUCUACUGUGUCUCUACUGGACUCUACUGGUCUCUACUGGACUCUACUGGUCUCUACUGGAUUCUACUGUGUCUCUACUUGUCUCUACUGCGUAUCCACUGGACUCUACUGGACUCUACUGUGUAUCUACUGGACUACUGGUCUCCACUCUGUCUCCACUGGACUCCACUGGUCUCUACUGGACUCUACUGUGUAUCUACUGGACUACUGUGUCUCUACUGGUCUCUACUGGACUCUACUGGUCUCCACUGGUCUCUACUGGACUCUACUGGACUCUUGACUGGACUCUUGACUGGUCUCUACUGGACUCUACUGGUCUCUACUGGACUCUACUGUCUCUACUGUCUCUACUGGACUCUUGACUGGACUCUACUGGAUUCUGAAAACAACAGACACAUAACAGACCACUAUGACAAUAGACACAUAACAAACCACUCUGACAACAGACACACAACAGACCACUCUGACAAAAUACCACUCUGACAACAGACACACAACAGACCUCUCUGACAACAGACACAUACCAGACCACUCUGACAACAGACCACUCUGACAACAGACACACAACAGACCACUCUGACAGAAGACACACAACAGACCACUCUGACAGCAGACACACAACAGACCACUCUGACAACAGACACACAACAGACCACUCUGACAACAGACACACAACAGACCACUCUGACAACAGACACAUAACAGACCACUCUGGCAACAGACACACAACAGACCACUCUGACAACAACAGACCACUCUGACAACAGACACACAACAGACCACUCUGACAACAACCGACCACUCUGACAACAACAGACCACUCUGACAACAGACACACAACAGACCACUCUGACAACAACCGACCACUCUGACAACAACAGACCACUCUGACAACAACAGACCACUCUGACAACAACAGACCACUCUGACAACAACAGACCACUCUGACAACAACAGACCACUCUGACAACAACAGACCACUCUGACAACAACAGACCACUCUGACAACAACAGACCACUCUGACAACAACAGACCACUCUGACAACAACAGACCACUCUGACAACAACAGACACUCGCCUUUGAGACCGAUGGCCUUUGGCAUUUCAUAAGGAUGUAUUGAAAAUUUAACAUUGCUAUGUAUGCAGUACUUAAAGAAAUAGUUUCACCAAUGCUGGUACGUGGCGUUCUGACUGUAUAUGUGUUUUAAUGAACUAGAUAUGUAUCACUGUUUAUAAUGUAGAAGCUUUGUUUUAUUAUGUUUUAUUCAAGGAAGCAAACAGAUGGAAAGUAUUCAGCAGACAGCCAGACAGACGCUAGUGGGGAUUCACUACCAGCUAUUCAGCAGACAGCCAGACAGACGCUAGUGGGGAUUCACUACCAGCUAUUCAGCAGACAGCCAGACAGACGCUAGUGGGGAUUCACUACCAGCUAUUCAGCAGACAGCCAGACAGACGCUAGUGGGGAUUCACUACCAGCUAUUCAGCAGACAGCCAGACAGACGCUAGUGGGGAUUCACUACCAGCUAUUCAGCAGACAGCCAGACAGACGCUAGUGGGGAUUCACUACCAGCUAUUCAGCAGACAGCCAGACAGACGCUAGUGGGGAUUCACUACCAGCUAUUCAGCAGACAGCCAGACAGACGCUAGUGGGGAUUCACUACCAGCUAUUCAGCAGACAGCCAGACAGACGCUAGUGGGGAUUCACUACCAGCUAUUCAGCAGACAGCCAGACAGACGCUAGUGGGGAUUCACUACCAGCUAUUCAGCAGACAGCCAGACAGACGCUAGUGGGGAUUCACUACCAGCUAUUCAGCAGACAGCCAGACAGACGCUAGUGGGGAUUCACUACCAGCUAUUCAGCAGACAGCCAGACAGACGCUAGUGGGGAUUCACUACCAGCUAUUCAGCAGACAGCCAGACAGACGCUAGUGGGGAUUCACUACCAGCUAUUCAGCAGACAGCCAGACAGACGCUAGUGGGGAUUCACUACCAGCUAUUCAGCAGACAGCCAGACAGACGCUAGUGGGGAUUCACUACCAGCUAUUCAGCAGACAGCCAGACAGACGCUAGUGGGGAUUCACUACCAGCUAUUCAGCAGACAGCCAGACAGACGCUAGUGGGGAUUCACUACCAGCUAUUCAGAAGACAGCCAGACAGAUGCUAGUGGGGAUUCACUACCAGCUAUUCAGCAGACAGCCAGACAGACGCUAGUGGAGAUUCACUACCAGCUAUUCUGUUAAUUAACACCUCCAUCACACCGACAGUAUCAUUGCAUUUUGGUCCACCAGAACUACAUUCAUUUCCAAUGAAAAGCUGCGUUUGUCCUGCAGCAUUGCCUUGCCGAGGCAGUUGCAGUGUGUUCUGUGUGGUGCGUUGGAUUUAUAGAACUUAAUCAAACUGUAUGUGUAGUCGGCUUGACAGAAACGGUAGCCGAAAGGUGAAUGUUGAACUUUUGUUACACACAUAUCCAGAUGAUGCUGCGUAACAUUUUGCGCAAUGACUCUGUCGGUGUGACCGAGGCGUCAGAACAAGUGACAUUUCCCUGUCUCUCUGGCUGUUCUUAUCGUUACCAGGACUAUGUGUCUCUCUGGCUGUUCUUAUCGUUACCAGUACUAUGUGUCUGUCUGGCUGUUCUUAUCGUUACCAGUACUAUGUGUCUCUCUGGCUGUUCUUAUCGUUACCAGGACUAUGUGUCUCUCUGGCUGUUCUUAUCGUUACCAGGACUAUGUGUCUCUCUGGCUGUUCUUAUCGUUACCAGUACUAUGUGUCUCUCUGGCUGUUCUUAUCGUUACCAGUACUAUGUGUCUGUCUGGCUGUUCUUAUCGUUACCAGUACUAUGUGUCUCUCUGGCUGUUCUUAUCGUUACCAGUACUAUGUGUCUGUCUGGCUGUUCUUAUCGUUACCAGGACUAUGUGUCUCUCUGGCUGUUCUUAUCGUUACCAGUACUAUGUGUCUCUCUGGCUGUUCUUAUCGUUACCAGUACUAUGUGUCUCUCUGGCUGUUCUUAUCGUUACCAGUACUAUGUGUCUCUCUGGCUGUUCUUAUCGUUACCAGUACUAUGUGUCUCUCUGGCUGUUCUUAUCGUUACCAGUACUAUGUGUCUCUCUGUACAGAGUAUUAAACAGGAUAUUGAAAAGCU